AUGAACGCUCCUGAUCCGUCGCUUGCUGUCCAUCUUGACGUGGGCAUGAAGAAAAUCACCCAGAUCGUCGAAACCAAAAUGAAUAAUUCCUGCAAAUAUAUUAUCGAAGUUGAAGAUCACACGUUGGGAAAUAUUAUGCGAAUGGAUAUGAUCGAAGACCCGAAUGUAAAGUUUGUGGGAUACCGCGUUCCUCAUCCGUUGAGCACUUGCAUCGAGAUGAGAGUCGUUUUCGUGAAAUUCGUUUCCCUUGUAGGUUCAAACAACAGGACCGAAAUAUCCGCCUGCAAAAGCCAUGACUGA